AUGGUAUGUACUAUAAUGCUUCAAUAGUUAUUGUUCAUGAAUUCAAAUAUUAACAAGAUACUUUUAGGACACUAAAACUCCAGUUACUUUAGCUAAAGUUAUUAAAGUCUUAGGUAGAACCGGUUCAAGAGGUGGUGUUACUCAAGUUAGAGUUGAAUUCUUAGAAGAUUCAUCAAGAACCAUUGUUAGAAACGUUAAAGGUCCAGUCAGAGAAAAUGAUAUCUUAUGUUUAAUGGAAUCAGAAAGAGAAGCCAGAAGAUUAAGAUAA